ACUGGCUUUAUUGUUAUUUUUGACUGUAUGGUUAUCCAUUGCUUCCAACUUUUACGUUUUUUGCAUUCACACCGCAUAUCUGCACUUGUUUCGAAAAAUGCCAUGGUAAUGCUCUUUAUCGCCUUUGCAUUGUUUGCAUAAAUCGCAGGCUCCCUCUUCCUUGCUUAUUCUGACUGUGCUUAGCGUGUUGCUUCACAUCUAUUCUAAUUGUUGAUACUCAUCUAUCAAUCUUGUUUUGAUUGUCGCCAUCGACCAAGCUCGCCAAAAAUGCACGGCGUCGUUCAAUUUGCAUUUCUUCAAAUAUCGUUUUUUACUUUGGAAGAAUGCUGCGACUCCAAAGAGCAUGCACACAAGACCGGUCAGGAGUACACAUCAUCGCGAGCGGUUCCGUUUGUCAGUCCAUCUCCUUUGACCGACAACCACUCUUCUUUGCUCCAGACAAAUAUGACUUCACACGCAUCCACUCCAAAUCUAUCUUCCACGCCUCUGCUUUCUCAGUCACCCUUGGCUGGACGUGUUGGUCGCCAGCACAGCCACGACACCUCGGACUUGCAUGUAUGCCGCAACAGCCUGUUCCCAAACGUCGUAAAAAAGCAGUCUCGUUGUAUGUCAGUGUUGUUGCAGCAAGGUCCGCAUGGCGGAAUCCGCCGUACUGGCCCGCUGUUAAUAACUAAGGAGCGCGGCGGCAACUCAAUAAGACACCUCAACCCAGCAUUCGUUGAAAUGAUGGACGUGCAUCCUGUGGACUCAGGCACAGCAGCAUUUUUAAAAAGAUCCAACAUCCGGCGGCGCAGCUUUUCGAUAAUGCCCGAGGAUUCCAACGGCGACUGGCUCAGUACAAUCAGCAAUAUAAUUGGCGGCGCCGAUACCUCAGAUGGUAGCAAGGAGCAGUCCCGCCGUGCAUCGUUGGGGCCUGGCAUGUGGUGGCCGCUCAACGACGACAACUGCUCAGACGAGGUUGCAUACGAUGUGCACGUUGCCUCGCACGACACAUGGACGCUGCUGCUGGCAGGCAGGGCCAGCAGUCAGGCCAUACUUUGGAGCGCAUGGGGUCUUCAAGCACACUGUCUAGCAGUGCCCUUAAACCGCCCCCGGCGCUAGGCUCGGUGACCUAUAAGGGCUCAGUGUCGUCGCAGCUGCGCUCGAUGGGCCGGAGUGACAAUUUAAAUUCCAACAGCGGCACGUUCAUGCAUUCCAACGGCUCACAAAGCAC